AAUAUGGAGGGAAAAUCAUCAUAAACCACACUCUGCUCCCAAACACACACACUGAUCAAACAUGGCAGCCGGCCAUGGCGGAGGAAAGGCGGACGAGCCCGGUCCUCACCCUGUCAAAGAGCAGCUCCCUGGCGUCGAUUUCUGCGUCGCCAGUUCUCCUCCUUGGCCUGAAGCGAUUAUUCUAGGGUUUCAGCACUAUCUGGUGAUGCUUGGGACUACUGUCAUCAUCCCAACCUUAGUCGUGCCUUUAAUGGGAGGUGGCGAUGUUCAGAAGGCUGAGGUGAUAAACACUACCCUCUUUGUUGCGGGGAUCAACACGCUGUUGCAGACUUUGUUUGGGACGCGCCUGCCAGUGGUGAUAGGGAGUUCUUAUGCUUUCAUCAUCCCUACCAUCUCCGUAGCCCUUUCCGGAAGAUACAAUAACAUAAUUGAUCCCUAUAAGAGGUUUGAAGCAACUAUGAGAUAUACUCAAGGAGCCUUGAUUAUUUCAUCCUUUUUCACAUGCAUCAUUGGUUUUUUUGGUUUUUGGAGAAUUUUCGCGAGGUUUCUUAGCCCUCUUGCUGCUGUUCCUCUUGUGAUUCUCACAGGACUUGGGCUUUAUGAACGAGGUUUCCCAAAGGUGGCACAAUGUAUUGAAACUGGACUUCCAGCACUGAUAAUACUGGUUUUCUUAUCUCAGUAUGUCCCCCAUAUGUUGAAAUCCAAGUUUGGCAUAUUUGAACGGUUUGCAGUCCUUUUCUCAGUUGCAAUUGUAUGGGUUUAUGCGGAAAUUUUGACUGCAGCUGGUGCAUAUGAUCAUAGAUCACCAAAAACUCAGUUGAGUUGUCGUACUGAUCGCUCUGGGCUCCUUAGUGCUGCACCUUGGAUAAAGGUUCCAUAUCCAUUUCAAUGGGGGACUCCGUAUUUUGAAGCUGGUGAUGCGUUUGCAAUGAUGGCUGCUGCUUUCGUUGCCAUCAUUGAGUCUACAGGUACAUAUAUCGCAGCUACAAGAUUUGGCAGCGCCACUCAUAUACCACCUUCUAUUCUUAGCCGUGGUAUUGGCUGGCUGGGAAUAGGGAUUUUGCUAGAUGGCUUGUUUGGCACAGCAAGUGGCUCCACUGCAUCUGUUGAAAAUGCAGGUCUUUUGGGAUUAACAAGAGUUGGAAGUCGGAGAGUGAUUCAAAUAUCAGCUGGAUUUAUGCUUUUCUUCUCAGUUCUAGGAAAAUUCGGGGCUCUUCUAGCAUCCAUACCAUUGCCAAUCAUGGCAGCUUUGUACUGUGUUCUUUUUGCCUAUGUUGCUUCAGCUGGGCUUGGUUUCCUCCAAUUUUGCAAUCUGAACAGCUUCAGGUCAAAGUUUAUUCUAGGUUUUUCCAUCUUCAUGGGUAUUUCUGUGCCGCAGUAUUUCAAUGAAUAUCUUCUAAUUUCUGGUUAUGGCCCUGUCCACACUCAUGCGUCAUGGUUCAACAACAUAAUACAAGUCAUUUUCUCAUCUCCCGCGACAGUUGCAAUUAUUGUUGCUUUCUUCUUAGACUGCACACAUAGUUAUGGACACAGCUCAAUCCGACAUGACAGCGGCAGGCAUUGGUGGGAAAAGUUUAGGUAUUUUGACUCAGAAAUCCGAAGUGAAGAGUUCUAUUCAUUGCCUUUCAACCUGAAUAAGUUCUUCCCCUCAUUCUAACUUGAUGCCCUUUUCCUGCUAUUGAUGAUGAAGAGCUGAAAAGAAAAUAGAAUGCAUGUCAAAUUUAAUCCAGCCCAUGAUCCUCCUUUUAUUGUUGGAAAAUUGUGUUUUCCCACACAAAAAUACAGAGACUGGUAAAAGACAGCAUUUAUAGUGUACCAUUGUUACUAUAAGUUCAUUUGUGCCGAGAAUUAGCUAUCAGAGUUUGUUGGUAAAAUAUCUUUUCAAUGGUCAUUAACUUAGAAUUUGAGUCACAUACACUGUAAAAAGACAAGUCUAAAGAGAAUGCAUUUACCACAUUGCUCAUGAAUUAUAUGAUGCUAUUUUCUGCUAUGGAUUUCAAGUUCUGAAUGAAUCUACUAUUUACAG